AUGGUCAACAACGUACCGGCACCCACUCUACAAAAUGUGCUAGCGCAUAGUUCGUCACCUUAUAGGUCUAAGUUCAACAAGGUACGAACACAUGAGGACAAUCCUGUGGCAUGGCAAGAUUGGUCCGAAAGAACCAUUGCCUUGGCUAAGCAACACGAUCGCCUCAUAUUCCUGAGCAUCGGGUACAAUUCAUGCCACUGGUGUCAUGUUAUGACAAAGGAGUCCUUCACUUCAGCCGAGGUUGCCAAUAUUCUCAACCAGCACUUCAUCCCUAUCAUGCUUGACAGAGAGUCUCGUCCUGAUCUCGAUGACAUUUAUAUGAGCUUUGUCACUGCGACUACGGGAGCAGGCGGCUGGCCUCUCAAUGUUUUUCUCACUCCUGAUCUCAAACCGAUCUUUGGAGGAACCUAUUGGCCUGGUCCUGCUCUCAAAGACGUCGCUCAGCCGACACCUCAAGCGCCAGUUACCUUCACCGACAUCUUGGGUAAGAUCCAAGAACUUUGGACCACUCAACGGGAAAGAUGUCUCCAAUCAUCAUCUGAUAUAACGAAUCAGUUGCGAGAGUUUGCUGCGGAAGGUACCCAUUCUCAAUCCUCCGUUCAGGUCGAGGGCAAUUCGCCGGCAUCGUCUGAUCCACCGGAACCUCUUGAGCUUGAUCUCUUUGACGACGCAUUGGAACAUUUUAUUUCCCGCUAUGAUGCAACUUACGGGGGGUUUAGCUCUAAUCCGACCGCCCCCAAAUUUCCUACCCCAGCCAAUCUCACUUUCCUGCUGAGAGUUGGGGCUGCAAUUGCCACUCCAUCAACUCAUACGCGCUUCGGGUUCUUCGGCCCUGUUCCGGGUAUAUUGGGCCAAGAAUCGUGCAUGAAAGCUGCCUCAAUGUCUCUUCAUACAUUGUUUGCGAUGUCUCGAUCUGGACUCCGUGACCAACUCGGAUAUGGAUUCCAUCGUUACAGCGUGAUACCGGACUGGAAUCUUCCUCAUUUCGAGAAGAUGAUGUGCGAUAAUGCACAGCUUCUUGGUUGCUAUUGUGAUGCUUGGGCACUCGGCCGCAACCCUGAGAUUUUGGGUGUCAUCUACAAUCUCGUUGAGUACCUGACAAACCCUGACUCUCCCAUCGUUCGGCCUGAGGGAGGCUGGUAUGCUAGUGAAAGCGCUGAUUCACGAACCACAAUACCCGGCACUAGCAAUGGUGUGAUGGGGGAUGAUAGCAAAGAAGGUGCUUUUUAUGUAUGGACGCUGAAGGAACUUCAGUCCAUCCUGGGCGACCAGUCUGCGGCCGUUGUAGCCAGACAUUUCGGCGUGAAAUCAGACGGGAAUGUUCCCACUCAGCACGAUGUCAACGACGAAUUCUUGAACCAAAAUGUGCUAAGUAUCCAGGCAACACCAUCUGUGCUCGCCAAGGAGUUCGGAUUGUCCGAAGAAGAGAUCGUACGCAUCAUCAAGACAGGUCGCUCACAGCUUUUAGAAUAUCGGAAAACGCAGCGCUCCAAACCUGAAGUCGAUACAAAGGUCAUCGCAAGCUGGAAUGGCCUUGCGAUAUCAGCUCUUGCUCGCGCGGCUAAUACCCUCGCUACGAUCGACAAAAAUCGAGCACAACGGUGCCAGCUCGCCGCGGAGAACGCUGCACGAUUCAUCCGACGGGAAAUGUUCGACGAGGCGACCGGUGAGGUCACUCGCAUCUACAAUUGGUCAGGUGCCGUACAAGGUCGUGAGGCUGGUUCUGCGUUUGUCGAUGACUACGCCUACCUCGCACUUGGCGCAUUGGCUUUAUAUGAUUUGAAUCAGAAGCCCGAGUACCUGGCGUGGGCUGUCAAGUUACAAGCCACGCUCGAUGCCAGGUUCAUUGCCGAUACAAGCGGUGGCUACUUUCAAGCGGCGAGGUCAAUGGAGCAAAUUAUGCGCUUGAAACCCGGCACUGACAAUGCGCUCCCCUCCCCAAACGGUAUCAUAUGUCAAAAUCUCCUUUAUCUGUCAUCCUAUCGACUCGACCAACAAGAUGAAUACAUCACCAAAGCGCGCAAGGUCCUUAACGCCUUUGCGGUUGAGAUCAUUCAGCAUCCAUUCUUCUACGUCAGCCUUCUGGCUGGCCUGGUCAUGGAACAAGUCGGUGUCAAACAUUUGGUCGCGCCGGAUAGCAUGAGGGAACGAGAGGUCAGGAAACUCAAAGGCUUCGGCCGUACAGUCAUCCGAGGCAACGUACCCACCGUCAUGAUCUGCACCAAGGAAGGGCAUUGCCGUGAGUUGAAGGAUAGUGAUUUGAAUGAUGUCGACGAUGAUGAUAAUGGGGAUGAUGAAUUUCCUGGCUUGGUCACUACCACUUCUGCUGUGUCUGCCGCUGCAUCCGGCCCAGCCCCUGCCGCUGCAUCUGCUUGA